UGUUCACUAACAGAACGUUAGUGCUAAUAGUAGCUGGAAAUCUGCCUGUCUUGGCAUUAUCAGUUUUACUGUGUUUUUGACAGACAAUUCAACCUCAGUACGGAACUACUUGGGAUUCAUAAACAGGAUUCAUCAAGGUACAGGAUGUACAGCUUCAUGGGAGGAGGGUUGUUCUGUGCUGGUGUGGGGAAUGUACUCCUGAUUGUUUCCACAGCAACCGAUUAUUGGAUGCAGUACCGCCACUCGAGCAACUACAUGCAUCAGGGCCUGUGGCGGUAUUGCACACUGUCAAAAUGCUUCAUCCAAACGGACGGCAUUGCCUACUGGGACGCCACCAAAGCCUUCAUGAUCCUCUCCUUGCUGAUGUGCUUCUUCGGCAUCGUCGUCGGCAUCAUGGCUUUCAUCCACAGCUCCUACUUUGUCAGCCUCGACAAAACCUUUGCUGCGGGAAUAUUGUUUUUCAUCUCGUGCUUUUUUGUAUUGCUGGCGAUGGUCAUUUACACUGGGGCGACUGCCAAUUAUUACGGGAGACGAUAUACUAGCUGGAGAUUCUCCUGGUCCUACAUCAUCGGCUGGGUGGCAGUGGUGCUGAUGUUUUUUUCAGGUAUUUUCUACAUGUGUGCUUAUCGGAUGCACGAAUGCCCAAGGAGCACCAACUCCCGCUAA